AUGGGCAUUGCUCCGGGUCAGAUACCGGUCCUCUCGCAUUCCAUUUCCAACUCGGCCUCUUCGACAAACCCGCCGUCGCGACCGGAGCCUGUGCAGUUCCUCGAGAAUCAGGCCGCCCUUCUGGAUUUGGUCGAUCAGGAGGUAUUGCAAGGAGAGGACGAGAGAUCGGGCUUCGGGCAGAAUAUUCAGAAUGUGAGCAUGGGCAACUUUAACUUGAACUUUUUCGAAUGACUAAUUUCAGAAAGACCGUGUGCCCGGAAGUAUUGAUCAGGGCAAACCGACGUACAAGCUGAUCAGCGGUCGUUUCAUGCGCAUCCGAAACCGGACAGUGCUCCACAAAGCACUGAAUGACGUGUCCGAAAUGCUCAAUAAUCAACCGAUCAGCAACGAGAUGAAGCAAGAAGUCGCGGAUAAGUUCCAGAAAGAAUUCGGACACAAACUCGCUUUUCCGUAAGUUUUAUGAGGAAGAGUUCUUCAAAUGAAUUCAAAAUUUUCAGGCCCGUGAAGGAGUAG